AUGGAGAACUUAUCCAUCAUAGUCAGUUUUGAGCUGACCCUGGAUCCAUUUUCCAUCCCUCCAAGAGCAAAAUAUCCCAUAUUUCUUUUUGGCAUCUUCAUCUACAUGUUUGGUGCUUUUUGUAAUCUGACCCUGUUGCUGCUCAUUAUUCUGAAACAAAGUCUCCACAAGCCAAUUUACUUCAUUCUGUUCAGCCUCCCUCUGAAUGAUUUUGUGGGAAUCACUUCUAUGCUUCCCAAGGUGCUCUCUGACAUUGUGAUGGAAACCAAUGACACAUACUAUCCCCUCUGUGUGCUCCAGGGAUUUCUGCUCCACAUGUAUGGGGGUGCUGUGUUGUUCAUCCUGGCUGCCAUGGCUUUUGAUCGCUAUAUUGCCAUUUGCAUGCCUCUGCGUUACAAUGCUCUCAUGACACCAAAGUUUGUGAUGGGAAUUGUUGCUUUUGUAUGGGGCCUUGACCUUUUUUUCAUCGUUGUGCUCUUUUCUUUGCAGGGAAUGCAUUCAAGAUGUAGAUCCCAUAUUGUGAGUGUGUUUUGUGAUAACCCUUCUCUUGUUAAGCUGGCCUGUGGUAAUACUACAGUUAACAACAUCUUUGGCUUAUUUACAACAGCCAUGAUGCAGAUUAUUAGCGUUUCCAUUCAAGUAUUUUCGUAUGUGAAGAUUUUGAUUACCUGCUUGGCCACGAGUAGGUCUGACGCAAAGAGCAAGGCCAUCAACACUUGUAUUGCCCAACUGGUUAUUUUCAUCAUGUUUGAGGUUGUUGGAAGUUUCACCAUCCUGUCACACAGGUUUUCAAAUGUAAACGCAAAUCUGCAAAAGAUUAUGGGAAUGCUCAUUUUUCUAGUGCCUCCACUUCUGAAUCCAAUAGUUUAUGGAUUGAACAGCCACGAAUUACGAAAUAACCUGUUAAAAAUCUUGCGCAGAAAAAUCUCUAAAAUGUAA